AUGGCCGUGAAAGCCUACUCUGCUGCCACUACCACUGCCACCACUGCCACCACUGCCAAUACUGCCACCACGGCCACGGCCAACUGCGACUGCGAUGCGACAUGUUGUGUUGGCCCGCCAUUGGCCGCGGCCCCACAAAUCGUUCCCUUUGACAAGCUGGCAGACGUGAUUCGCCAGCGAUUCACUCGGCCAAAGACAAGACGUCUACUUGCCUCUAGUACCUACCUCUAG